GCGAGGGGGAGUGAGUUGGACACCCCUGAUCUAUUAUUACCUCGUUUGUGUAUAUACCUAAAUCUCUUGAGGAUAAACAUUUUUUGGAAAUAUAUCCAUCGCUUACGGUUAAUUGUCAUUUGUAUAGUGUAACGUACAAACCAAACAUGAACGUGCGGGAUAUCGUCGAAGAAUUAACGCAAACUUGCAUAGAAGUUCGUCGCAGCUUGGAAUCGUCCCUGGGCAGGGAGGAACAAGAGGCAUUAAUAUUAAAACACAUCAAAACAUUUACAGGAAAAGGGUUUCGUAUCACUGAUUUCCAAUCAGGACUAGAAUGGUUCAACGUCGCAGAGGAAUUAUCAGUGUACGGACAUCUGGCCGAGAAGUUAAUUGUUCUGGAUUUCUUUACUUAUUGUUGUAUUAAUUGUAUGCACGUGUUGCCAGAUUUAGAUCUUCUCGAAAAGCAAUUUUCAGUCACGGAUGGUCUUGUUGUUGUCGGCGUACAUAGCGCAAAAUUUACUAACGAGCGUGACUCUAAGAGACUCUUGGCAGCUGUACAAAGAUACAAUAUAACGCAUCCUGUCGUGAACGAUACAUCUCUGUCCACGUGGCAUAAUUUAGGAAUUUCUUGCUGGCCGACACUAGUAAUGAUAGGUCCUGGAGGAGAACCAUUGGCAGUUUUUGUAGGGGAAGGCCAUAAAGAAGAAUUACUCGUAUACACGAGUGUCGCGUUAAUGUACUUUAAAUCGCUAAAUCAAAUAUCUAACGGGGAUCUUCCUCUACAGCCAGCAAAGCAUUUAUUACCAUCCAAAGGAGAUGGAACUCUUUUGUUUCCGAGUAAAGUAGAGGUUUCCCGUAACGAAAAAGGAGAAUAUUUGGUAAUAUCUGAUACAGGCAAUAAUAGAAUCUUAGUUGCAAAUGUAUCGGGGAACGUGGAAUAUGUUAUCGGAGGCCCCGAUCCUGGUUUUUGUGAUGGAAACUUUGAUACCGCUAAAUUUAACGCUCCUCAGGGAGCAUGCGUUUUAGACGAUACAAUUUACGUUGCUGACAACGAAAAUCAUGCAAUCAGAGAGAUAGAUUUGGGGAAAAAAAUUGUAAGUACGGUUGUCGGCACGGGUUCUCAAGGCCACGAUUAUGUCGGUGGCAAAAUUGGUAGGGAUCAAGUUUUGUCUUCUCCUUGGGACGUGACUCUUUAUAGACACGAAUGCGACUCUGAGAGAAGCAUACCUGUGUUAUUGAUCGCGAUUGCUGGUACACAUCAGAUCUGGGCGUACUUUUUCGAAGACAGUCUUUGGUGGAAGAAUAGACAGCAUAAAGCUGGCACGUGCGUUGCAAUCGUUGGAAGCGGCAGGGAAGAGAAUCGCAACAAUGCGUAUCCUCAUGCAGCUGGUUUAGCACAACCGUCGGGAUUGAUUGUCGCGCAGGAGAGAAAGAUGGCUUUUUUCGCCGAUAGCGAAAGCAGUGCUAUCAGAUCCAUAGAUCUAAUAAACGGACGAGUUUCUGCGGUAUGCGGAGCAAACAAAAAUCCGGCGGAUCUAUACGAUUUCGGGGAUUCCGAUGGUAUUCGAUACGCCGUUAAGCUUCAACAUCCUCUGGGAAUAACGUGGCAUUCGAAAGAGAAUGCUAUUUAUAUAACCGAUACGUACAAUCAUAAAAUUAAAAAGAUCGACGCGAACACGGGUGAUUGCGAGACAAUGUACGGCGACCGGAAACCAAACAAGCAAUUUUCGUUCGACGAACCCAGUGGUAUCGCUGUUGGCUCCAAUGGAGAUGUCUUGUACGUGGCCGACACCAACAAUCAUGCCGUGAAAGUGAUCGACAUCAAGAGCAGUAAUAUCAGAGUGCUGCCUGUAAAUAUUCCCGCAAAGGGGGAAGCAAGUCCGACGAACGCUUAUACCUUUGAUACAGCGAUAAGUGAAAUGGGCGGCGAAUUAAAUAUCACGUUCGACGUGACGUUUCUCGGUAGUGAUUUAAAAUUGAAUGCCGAUGCACCUCAGAAGUGGGCGUUGAAUCUAUCUACGAGUAAAUGGAUCGCCGAAACAACGACCGGCGACCUUACCAGCCCGGUAUCGAUCAAAGUUUCCGAGGGAAGUGGAAUGCACGAGGUACAUCUGACUUUGGAUAUCGUAGCAUGCAAAACCACCGAAUGUGUGCCAAAGAAAUUAUCAAUAGUGUAUCAAGUAUAUCAGAAGGCAGAAGCUGUCCGUGUUGUAACGGAACGAAGACAAGUUGUCGUGAAAUAAUAAAGAUUUCCAAAUUUGUCGGUUUCACUUGUUCGUAAAUAAUUUCAAGUUACUUUACUGUUGUUCAGGUAUGCAGGGUUUCCUCUCAAGAUGGUGUUUACUCGAAAGAAAAGCUUUCGUCC